AUGAAUGUGGCUUGGGGACAAGUGACUGGAAUUGGAGUUGAUACUCAUGUUCAUAGAAUUUCUAACAGACCAGGAUGGGUCAAAAAACGUACUCAACUGCCAGAGGAAACUAGAAUUGCUGUAGAAAGCUGAUGAAAAGUGAUUUUGAAUGAUACCAAGUUACACAAAUUCUCUUCACCAGGUGUUUUGCUCCUUCCUUGCCAAAGUCUUUUCACUUACUGCCACAUUUUAGAGACCCAGCUAUUGUGCAAGUUCCAAACAACUUUUAUAAAUAUUCUGAAAUAAACAGGCUUUUGUUCCUUCCUGACUUUCAAGGAGCAGAAUGCAAAAAGGAAAACUUUAAGGAUUUUCAGACCUAGGUUCAAGGUUCUCUAGAUGCAUAGCAAACCUUGACUAUCAAAUGCUGUUUACCCAUAACCAACAGUUAAAUAAUUAGAGUGUAUGGCUUCAGAGACUAAAUUAGUGAAUUCUUUUUCUGUUUUGCAGAGAGGAGUGGGAUGAACUGAAUGUAUUGUUGGUUGGAUUUGGUCAACAGACAUGUCUUCUUGUAAGUCCAAUGUGUGAGUUCUGUCUUAACUCCAAGAUCUGUCCUGAAGGUCGAAGAAGGAGCAGAGGAAAAGCUGAGGAGGAAACUAAGAAAAAACUUUCACCCAGAAAGGAUAGAAAGGACACUAAGACUUAA